AUGGGUCUCAUUAACCCCUUAACAGUCCUCGCCGCAGGCAUUGUUUCCGUCUUGCUGUAUGCCAUUUUUGGCCAACCCAAAUUGAGGAGAAACGGUGUUCCAUUACAACGCCCCCCUGGUACUCUACCCCUUGCCGGCAACGGAAUUAACUUCUUAAGAGAUCGACAAAAGUUGUUCGACUGGUUUGCAAAGUGCGAGCAGCUCUACGGCUUUGAGACGUUGCAGAUCUCCGUACCAAGCCUCCCGCCUGGCGUCAUUAUCAGUGACCCAAGAAAUCUCGACUACGUCUUCAAAAAUGAGGGCAUAUUUGCCAAGGGCGAGUUCUUCCAAGCGCGGUCGAGGGACCUAUUCGGAAACGGCAUCAUCAAUGUUGAUGGCGACCUGUGGAGGAUACAGCGCAAGGCGGGGCUGAACUUUCUCAACACGUCAAACUUGAGAGUCUUGACAGAUGUGGCUCUGCCAGAGUAUCUAUCGCGGAGUGUGGCCUUCCUGGAGGCUAAGGCCGGCAAGGGAAUUGUUGACCUACAAGCUGUCUUUCACGAAAUCACCACACAACUCAUGGGGAAGAUGGCGUACAAUAUGGAGAUGCACGCCGAAGACGAUUUCGGCCUGGCUUUCGACUACGCAUCCGGAGCAACUGCUGAACGAUUUCAAAACCCGCUAUGGUUCGUCAGCGAACUAUUUACUGGUACCCGGUUGCGGAAGUCUAUAUCGGCCGUGAAGUCAUUCGGACGCAGUAUUGUCUCCAACGCAAUGAAGGACAGGAAGAGUCGUACCGUAAACGAGAAGCGGAUUUUCAAGGAUGCUAGCAAGGAUAGAAUGGGCCAUAUCUCGGGCAGUCUAAUCCAAUCGCUCUUGGACUCCAUCGGGGAUGAGCAGCUGGUCGCUGAUGCUGCACUGAACUAUCUCUCCGCUGGCAGAGACACAACGGCACAAGCUCUUACAUGGACGUUCUACUUGUUAAUGAAGCAUCCCGAGGUCGUAGCCAAGGUCCGCAAGGAAAUCGACCAAGUCACAGGAGACAGCCAGGGCACACUCGAGAAGGCCAUAUCAAAGCAGGGCAAUCCAACAUCGAUGCCAUACACCUUCGCCGUCUUCUGUGAAGCACUGCGCAUCUUCCCACCCAUCCCCUUCGAGAUCAAGCAGGCCAUACAGGCGACCACUCUGCCGGACGGUACUUUUCUCCCCCAAAACGCUGUCAUUGUAUGGUGCACUUGGGCAAUGAACCGAUCACGCCUCAUAUGGGGCCCCGAUGCGGACGAGUUCCGCCCUGAGCGUUGGCUAGUUGAUGGCAAAGUAGCCAACAAGAGCGCCUCGGAGUUCCCCGUCUUCAACGGUGGGCCGAGGACGUGUCUGGGCAAGAAAAUGGCAGAAAUCAUUGCCGUGCAGGUCAUCGCCACGGUGGUUGGCCUUUUUGACUGCGUGAGGGUGGACGACUCGACGAGAGUCAGCAAAAGCAGUCUAACACUCCCAAUGAAGGAUGGUCUACCUUGUUUUGUGCGCCGCAGGGGCACCGGUUCGGGAUAG